AUGAAAAGCCAAUCUCUGUUUUGUUUUCUUCAAUUUGGCGCCUUGGCUUCGUCGUUUUCACGCACAGUGAGAUACAGGGAAAAACGAGUUGGGAGCAACAUCUUCAGGUACCCUCUUGGAGAACAAAAUUCGUUCUGAGAAAGCCUAAUUGGGAGAAUUUGGAUAGGUUUAUACCCAAUCGGGUGGCACUGGACCUUGAUUACGUGCAUUACAUGGUCACAGGAAGGAGAAAAGGAAUCGAGAAGCCCUGGGCUGCAAGCUCUACAUAUCAGAAGCUACUGGCUGAGACCUUCAACAUGAACCGAGCACGAAUCUUCACAUUCAAGAACAAACUGCCAACCCCAGUUGAAGCCAUUCCAAGGAGAUUGCUUUCACUCCCUCUUCAUAAGGCCAAAUCUACCAAGCCCUGUCGAAGGAUUCCUAAGGGUCCAGAGAGAACGUUGGACGGUCCCGGUAUUGUAGAUAAUUUCUACUUGAAUUUACUAGACUGGAGCAGCAGCAACAUUCUUGCAAUUGCUCUUGGAAACUCAGUGUACCUAUGGCAGAGCUCACUGGCCAUACCUCCAGAGUUCUCUUCAUGACACAGACCCCAGAUGGAUGCACUGUGGCCACUGCAGCCCCGGAUGAGACGUUCGAACUUGGUGUUCGAGUCAUAUUAUCUUGUAUCCACCAAUAUUUGUCAAGACGUGAAUUAUGAAUUAUGGGGUGCAAUAGAGAUAAUGGGUUUAAUAAAUUGUGUAGCAAGAAGUGAGAAAAUUAGUAAUUUUUUAUAUAUUCCAAUUAGAUAUAUGACAACAUCAUUACCAUAAUCAAAAUGUACAACAGCCCGAGCAACUAGACUUAACAUAAUGUAAUUAUUGUGCACGUUUUCUUACACAUAAA